CCCCUCCCUUCUCUCUUUUUCUACUUCAUUUCAAUAUUUUCAUAUAAAUGAACGGCUUAGAAAACCAACUCUUUCAGUUAAAGUUUACAGCCAAGCAGCUAAAUAAGCAAUCAAAACGGUGUCAAAAAGAUGAACAAACAGAAAAGAACAAGUUAAAGAAAGCUAUACAAGAUGGUAAUAUGGAAGGUGCUCGUAUCUAUGCAUCGAAUGCUAUCCGAAAGAAGAAUGAAUCGCUCAACUUGCUCAAGUUAUCUUCACGUAUUGACGCAGUGGCCAGUCGUGUACAAACGGCUAUUACCAUGAGAAAGGUCUCUACUUCAAUGGCUAAUGUGGUUAAAGGAAUGGGUCGAGCAAUGGAGACAAUGAAUUUGGAACAAAUUUCUAUGGUCAUGGACAAGUUUGAAUCUCAAUUUGAAGACUUGGAUGUUCAAACAGGAUAUAUGGAAGGUGCAAUGGCAGGCACAACAACAUUAAAUACACCACAAGAUGAAGUUGAGUCACUCAUGCAACAAGUGGCUGAUGAACAUGGUUUGGAAUUAAACGGUACCUUGAAUGAGUUAGAACCAAGUAAACUAUUGGGUGAAACAGCUUCCAAACAUAAAGAAAAGGACGAAGAUAGAUUAUUGACUGAAAGAUUAAAAGCACUAAGACAAUAAUAAUAAUAAUAAACGUAUUCUUUGUUUUCAUACACGAAAAAAGAAAAAAAAAAAUUAAAAAAGCGAGUGAGAGACGAGUGC